AAAACUAUCGACAACUUCUUACAUUUUUUCGUGACCGACAAGUCGCAUCGUUUCAGACAAAGUAAAAAACUUUCAUUUCUGAUUGAAAACAUACAUUUUUUUCGCGUUAUUUCUCGGGAAGUUGUAAACUGAUCAUCCAACUACGCAAUCAUGUCAGAUAAAACACCGAAUCUUACUUGGGCUGAUGUGCUCAAGGGCCGUGUAGCGCCGUCUUCUGCGGCCACAGCUGAUGCUGCUGCCAUAGCUGAUGCUGCUGCCAUAGCUGGUGCUGCUGCCGUAGCUGAUGCUGCUGCCGUAGCUGAUGCUGCUGCACACGAGCCUCGUGGCUCCGAUGAGGAGACAGACAAAAUGCCGAUUGGAACAGGCGGUGACUUAGCGGAAAUCUUAUACGGCACUCACGUUUAUGUACCGGAAGAUGUCAGAGACAUUGAGUUUCUUGGCCCGCCAAUUGAACCGCUAAAAAUGCAGGAGAAUACGAUUUUUCCCAUUCAACAAGAGCCAACAAGUCUGCAGAACGGCGAGCCUCUACACAAGCCUCUACAACAUUACGCUGUUGGGGCAGAACGUGCACAGCGGCAGGCUACACCACGCGCACUGCCACCACAGGCAGCAGCCCAGGAAACUCCACGCGCAUCAUCAUACGCACAGAGCCGACCACUGAAGAGCCUUGACCUAAAUGUUCUGCAUGGGCGCUUUCCGGACCAGACCCGCAUGCGCACUCCACCACAGGAGCCUAUGCAGCAGCAGACUUGCGUGGCACGGGGCCCCAUGCCCCAAGGUUGGCUGAAUGGCCAGCUUAGUGCCUUAUAUUUAGCCGGCCUAACUGGGCCAUUCCGUCCGCUAGUUGACCCCGAGAACGAUCCCCCAGGAGCACAAGCACAGGAAAGCUUGGUGCACGGUCAGUCGACAGAUUUGCUGAGUGGCCGCGGACACGGAGGCAGACUCGCAUACGGACGCGGACUCGAAAGUGGACUCGGACACGGACACGAACAUGGACUCGGACACGGACGUGGACUCGGACACGGACUCGGACACGGACUCGGACACGGACACGAACGUGGACUCGGACACGGACACGAACACGGAGCCCCAUUGCGGGACCUGGCUCCCACUGGAGGGACACAGUCCAUGGUAGGGCAGGAUGUGGGUGUGUUGCCCGGGACACGCCAUGACGAUAACGCACCAGGGCCACUGCUGGACCUUAGUACUGAGUUUCGAGAAAGUCUCGAAGCACUACAUUCCAUACUCUUUUCAGAGUAUUUGAAAGAGUAGCCAUACAUAUCUGUCGGCCUGCCCGAUUGUAUCUGUCGGCUGGAAAGAAAGUCUUUGAUCCCAUGGAAGCAGAACAUACAAAGACGAAGCACGACUCAAGCCAGCUGACGGGGACCACGGCCACAGGAGAUGGGUAUUUUUUCCGCUCGAACAACACACAUAUCACACAUACACCAUUCUAUUUUUAAAAAAACUAGACUUAACAAUACACUCAUGGUAUCAGUUCAAAAUUAUAUAAAAGUUUCGCAUACAAGACAAGACACAGAAUCGAUUGAACAAAAAAGAAUUGUAAUUUCUGAAAAAUUAGAAUGAUUCAAUGAAAAUGUUUUUGUAGACAUACAUCCGACAACAUCCUGAUAAAUGUACAAACAAUCCAUUAAAUCGAAUAUGCAACGCA